AUGUCCCGACUUCGAGAUCGCCCAGCCCUCAGCCCCGCCUGGACCGCAAGGACCGCGCCCCACACCGCCUACCGCUUCCAGAGGCCACCCCGCCUCGACCGCUUCCUCGUCCCGACAACUCUCGCCGGGAUGUGGAGCGUCGUGCACGGCGCCCUCACUGCCCUCGCUGCGUACAACAGCCCGGCGAGCGCAGUCCUCAUCAUCUCAACUCUCCUGACCGUCCUCCUCCUCCCUUUCGCUCGGCUCGCGUCCGCGGCGCAACCUCGCCUCGCCCUCGUUCACGUCGCCUACUUCUUCACCUACGCCGCCAUGUACUUCGCGACUCUCCUCUACACCAUCACGCACGACCUCUUCUAUCCUGUCAUCCUGUUCGGCAACGUCGUUCGUGCGGUCGACCUGCUCGCCUACCUCAUCUCGCUCGCUAUUCUCGGCCUCUCGCGCGUCGCUCGCAACAUCCGCCUUGAGCAGGUGGUCGCCGCGCUCGCGUGGGUGAUCGUCUCGCCGAGGGUGACGAGGAAGGGACGGGUUACGGAGGGAACGAACGGCUGGAGGAGGAGAAGGAGGCUGCCAAGGAGCUGGGUGGGCAGAGAGAAGAAGCCGAGCUGGGAAGUGCGGAAGGAGAGGCGGGAGUGGGGCAGGACGAAGGCCCUCCUCGCGCUCUCUCCCUCCUUCGCAACGGAGUAUCGCAACGCGCUCCUCCCAUGCAAGCUUCGCAGCGAUCCCGAGCCGGUCAAGAACGGCUCGCACGGUCAAGUCGAGGUCAACUCGACCGAGCGUGACGGUGUUGCUUUCAAGGUCAAGCUCGACAUUCGCUCCAGCGCAGCGUUCAACGAGAUCGAGUCUGCCCUCCAGUCCGCGACCGGCCUGCACGCUGUCGACCAGCGCGUCCGCGUCGCAGGUACCGGUCUCAAGCAACUCGAAAUGGCACACGCUCUAGGCGUCGCGAGGAGACAGGUGAUCGAGUUCGAGGUGGCCAAGGGCGAGUCGCAAGUGUUCGUGCGAAGGCCGGACGGAAAGACGCUCGUUCUCCCUAUCCCGCUCUCGGCAACGGUGGUCGAACUCAAGGCCGCGAUCCGCACAAAGACCGGCAUUUGCCCUAAGGCUCAAGUCCUAACGCUCGCCGAUCAGGUCCUUCGCGGGAACAAGAAGCUAGCGGACUACAACAUCGCGCGUGGGGCAACCAUCGCGUUGUCGCUGCGACUUCGAGGCGGAUUGGACCGCAGACCUCCUGCCGAAAAUCCCCGCCCCGAUCAGCCUGUCGACGAGCCGCCGGUCGACUGUUCCGACAACUGCUGGAUUCGAGGCGGGGCGCUCACGGCGGCGGACGGGAACUGCGGCAUCGACGCACUUCGUAUCGCGAUGGGCGAGCCCGCCGGCCUUGACGUUUCGUACCUCCGCACCGCCAUGGUCAACGUCUUUCGCCAUGUCUACCCGACCCUCGAGAACUACGCGCCGCCGGAGAUGCGCGAGCGUGGCUACGUCACCGUCCAGACACGAGGACACGGCGUCGAGUGCGUCUACAAUAUGGACGAGCUCGUCGAAUGGAAAGGUCAGGACGGUACCUGGCUGGACGGCCCGGAUUUCGCGGUUCUCUCGACCGUGAUCGGCCGCCCAGUCAUCCUCUUCUCCGUUUCGCAAGUCGACUACGGCUUCCCUUCGCGCACUCGCUUCCUUCCAGCACCGAUCUACACCGCCAACGAGUCGACGCAAGCGACCAUCGCCCAAGUUCGCAGCUUACUGCACGGCGAUCCUCACCAACAUCCGAUUCGCAUUUUCUACGACGGUCGGAGCCAUUUCGUCGCUUCGAUCGACGAGCUGCAUGGCCCGCAUGCCGAGGAAUUGCGGAAGAAUACGCAUCUCCUCGUCGACGACCCUCUGCAGCCCAUCUUCCCGGUGCAAGCGAAGCUUGCCGUCCCUCGCUCGGAUCACGGACACGCUCAUCGGGACGACGGAGGCUCGCCGCCGUCUACGAUGCCGCUCUCGAGCAACACCCCUCCGUUCAAGCCCAUCACCAUUCCAGCGUUCGGUCCCGGUCCCGCCGUCAUCAUCCCUCGAACGGACUACCCGUCCGCCGACCGUAAUGUUCAAGAGCCGACCUCCGUUCCUGCUCAUCCCGACUCGCGCCAGCGCCAGCGCCCGAAUGACGAUGGGAACGAGCGGUCGUCGAGCGUUCACCCUCCAGACUGCCUCGAGCUCGAGCUUGCGGGGGUCGCAGACGAGGGACUACUUGCCGAAGACUGGGAGUCCGAGCGUGACGAGACAGAUGAGGAUGAGGACAGCGAGAUGUUCUACGACGACGACUCGCACACCGCAUCCACCGCCAAUUUCUUCGCGCCUGCUCCUCCGACACCAACUGGCGGCUCCCCCGCAGAUGUCAUUGGCGAGACGCCUUCGUCAGGCGUACACCCAACGACCAGUCCAGAGGCGUCGCCGGCCGCGGACUCUGCCGAAACGACCGACCUGCCGCCCGACUUCAACUUCGACGAGUCGCUGGAUGUGGAGCCGCUGCUUGAAGAGGGAAAGGUGAAGGAGUGGCUCGACGUCGGGUUCGCCGCAAAGGGCGAGUGUGCGUCAGUCAGGACGGCCGAGGAGGCGAGCGAACGGCGCCUCGAAGGUCCUUUUUUCCUCGUCGGGAGCGGUCAGGCGUCGCGCUUUGAGGUUGCGCUCCCCUCUGGCGCAUCGGGAGAUGUGCGGGACACGCUCAAGCCCAUUGUACUUAAGCAGCAAGCCGGAGGAGACCCGACGACUGGCGUCAUGGCAGCAGACGAUAUUGAGCACCUCAAUGCAGACGGAGACCGCGGAAUCAUCUGCGUUUUCGCGACGUCUUUCGAAUGGGCGAACGACAUGUUCAAUUCGUCGAUGCUAUUCCCCUGGUCCCAGCGUCGCCUCGAUCGAGCGGGAUCUUCCAAGCUUCACUUCAUCAUCCAGGCCGACCAAGCCGGCAAGCUUGUUCCCGCCCUCAUCGCCGGCAAUCGUCUCCACCACGAGAAUCUCCAUCGACUCGUCGAGAAGCGGACGGCAGCUUCGGCUGUUCCGCCGCUUCCUCUCGGCGUUCCGGCGACCUACGACACGUCGUCGUUCUUCUCAUGGACCAUCGUCAAUCUGCCAUCGAACAAGACGGCCCUCUUUCACACAAAGCGGAAAGUCCUCACUCGCUUUUCCCUCCGCGUCGUCGAGCUCGAAGAAGGUUCGGCAAAUCCCUCGAACAACGGAUCCGGCCUCACUUCUCUCUUCCACAUGCACAAACAUGCCGUUGGCUCGAUGUCCGCCGAAACCGCGAUGCGCAUCACCAUCCCCGCAUCAAACCCUCUCGCCGGCGAGGUCGUUGCGCUUACCGAACGCCUCAUCUCGCACCGCUUCAACAACGGGCUCGUCCUCCCCGUCAGCCCCGCCGAAUGGCGCGGACUUACGAAGGAAGGCCUGGGCGACUUGCGAGACGCAGCUCAAGCGGUGGUCAACUCGGCGCCACGGCAGAUGACGCCGGUUCAAGCGCGGACCUACGACCUCCCCCUUGCCAGCGAGGUCGUGUAUGGCGAGCCAGUCGGACAGCGACUUCGUCGAAGAGGGAAGGAUGGCAGAUCUCGCGUGUCGGAGAAGUUGGCGGCGCUCGAUCUUCAAGCCGGGCAGACCUACCUCGUGAUGUGCUCUGCGUGCCUCGAGUUCCGAGUCUUCCGCUGCAAGCGAACUCUCUCGACGAUUCCUCAUCCCGGCAGAAUGGCACCCCGAUGCCGCUACCAGAUGUCGACCGGUAUCAGCUGCCACGCACAUCUGCUCGCGACAGGGGAUGCCGACGAAGUCAAGCGGGUUGUCGACGAGUUGCGCAGCGCGUACAAGGCCGUCGCCGUCCCGAUCCACUAUGAUGGCAGGGUCAUCGGCUCAACCUCCACCUUGGUCGACUGCUGGUACAACCAGCUGAUGGAGGACUUGGUCGGCAACGACGCGAUCCACAAUUCCUUCGCCCAGUUUGUCAAGGCGAACCCGAAGCAUCCGGACCACCCGUACGGCGUCGCCUGCAUCGAAAAGAGACUGCCGGGCAUGCUCCUCGCUGGAGCGCUCGGUUCAUCGGUGUAUUGGGGUGCGGCCCGUACUCGCACGUCUCGCGGCGCCAUCGUCCUGGCUCGUCAGCACAACGCCGUCCACAUCUGGAGUACCCGCUUCUCGCCCGUCUCGGAAGACGACCCUGCCGAUGAGGUGGUGGACGCCGAAGUUCGUCUCCUUCUCCUCGAAGGAACGCUCAUGCCGCAGGACCAGAAGACCAGGCAGGGGCGGGCUGGUCGCAAACCGAAUGCGCUUGUUCCAGUCACGCGCAAGCCUCAGACCGACCCGACGAAGCGCGCUGAGGUCCGAUCCGACUACCGCUCGCAUCGUCCGCCGAGCGACCCGAACAAGCCGAUCCGACCCGCCAGCGCAUACCUAAGCUACCAGAACGAGAUCCGCGCCGCCGUCAAGGCCAACAACCCCGACCUGCCGCCAACUGAGAUCAACAAGCGAAUCGGCGAGAUGUGGAGGGCUUUGCCGGCGGAGGAGCAGGAGACGCGCAAAUCUCGCACGAAAGUCGAGCUGGAGAAGUGGACGCAGGAGAUGCGUUUGUGGGAAUCGGCGCAGGCGGCCAAGGAGGACCAGCAGGGUGCCUUGCCAGCCGCUCCGUCUGGCGAUACGAACGCCAAGCGCGCUUGCACAACGGACGACGAGGUUGCGCCUGACGCCGCGCCGAAGCCGGCAAAGACGAGGAAGAGGGUACACGGGCGCGCAACUCUCAGUCUCUCGCUCAACCUCCUCUCUACGGCUUCAUACGACGACCUGUCGAAGGGUACCACGCAGAAGUCUCUCUCCGAGUUCCGAGUUGCGCAGUCAUGGUCGAAGACAGUCAACGCGUUCCGUCUCAAGGACGGUACACUCGUCCACGGCAAGGAGGCCUUGUUGCGCAACACGAUAGCGCUCGCUCAGCAAAAGCAAGACGAAACCUCGCCAGCUCUUCCCAGCAAUUUCCCCGUCUCGCCCAUCGCCCCGUCGACGCAGUCAAAGAUGCGCAGGGAGGAAGACGGCGAAUCCGCAGAGGAGGGGAUGAAAGUGUAG